AUGUUCUCCUCUGCGCCACCAUCCCCAGAAUACAAAUCAGCGGAAGAUGAUGCUGAAUUAAUAAGAGCAAGAGCCCUCAACAGCAGCAACAACUACGACGACCCCCAGCAGGCCCUGCACAGACAACGCUCCGUUUCAUUGACCCCAAUGGACAGCACCAUUGUAAAGCCUGUAUCCAUGUCAUCCAGGCCAAAUCUUCUGAAAAGCAACAAAUCUACAUUUUCGACUAUUCUCUCAAAAGCAACGAAAAAGAAGAGCAAGCAUCGCAGAAAAGAAUCUACUACUACACAGGAUUCUCAAUCUACUUACUUUGAUGAUGCGGUGUCUUCUUUACGCCGUAGCAGUGACAGAAGUGAUGCUACCACCAUCUCUGAGAAGGAUCAAAUGCAAGCCCAUCAAAAAUUGCAUCAAACAUCACCACAACGAGCUCAAUCUCCCACCAAGCCAUUGCAAUUACUGGAAUGCGAUGAAGAGGAGGCUGAUCGAAUCCAACUGAAGAACGAUCUGGUGAAGCUUGCAUUUGAAGGUGAAUUCUCAUUGCCAUUCGACUAUCGUGAUCUACCAAGCGGUAGAAUUUUGGAUGUGGGUUGUGGUCCUGGUUCCUGGUGUAUCGAUCUAUCAACCAAAUAUCCUCGCAUUCAAGUCAUUGGCGUGGACAGCGAUGACAUGUUUCCUUCAAAGAGAAAUCUACCGAGCAACUGCCAAUUACUAGUGUGCAAUGUGCUGGACGGUUUGAAAGAGUUUCCUGAAGCAAGCUUUGAUGUGAUUCAUAUUCGGUUCAUGGUGUUAUCCUUUACCACAAUUCAAUACCCUCAAGUUGUCAAAGAUUGCUGGAGACUUUUGAAACCAGGGGGUUACAUUGAGAUCCUUGAAACAGAUUUGACCGUGCAUUCUCCAGGUCCCAUCACCAUGAAGCUAAACGAAGAGAUGCAUGAAGUGUCUAUUAGCAGAGGGCUGAAUCCAAGACGUCAAGUUGAUAAGCUGAGCGAGCUCAUACCAUCUGACGCCAUGAAUCGACAAGUGAAGUACAGAUCUAUACCAAUUGGAGUCUGGGGCGGUCGCAUUGGAGUUCUCUGCAGAGAUGACAUGAUCAACAUGCUGACCAAGUUUCAACCAGCUGUUCAGGAUUAUUACAAGCGAGAGAACGAUGCAGAGGCCAAGCUUGCCUUUAAUCGAAGCACCAACAUAGUUUUGAGAGAAAUGGACCAAUACAAGAGCUUCAGCAACUACUAUUUCUAUACUGCUCAGAAGCCUUCUGAGCGAUCACCACCAUCAUCCACGGCACCGUCUAUAUCAUCAGCCAGAAGACAACAUAUGGCUCCAUCAUUCAGUUUUAAAUCAUAA